AUGCACAACCGUGUGAUGAUGACUCGCCGACUCCAUGACUUUAAGAUGGAGGAAGGGACGAUGAUGGCGAAGCACCUCCACAAAUUCGACGAGCUCAUCGUGGGUUUCCAAUCGCUCGGCGAGCCACUGGACGAUGCUAGUCAGUUGGUUAUAUUGCUGAGCAGCCUGUCCAGCGAGUUCGAGUUAAUUUCGUCGAUUAUCGAGAACUCUAAGGACAUCACGCUGAUCGAGGUGAAGGAGAAGUUGCUCGAGGAGUACAAGCGACUGGAAAAGAAGAUAAUGUCAGAGCGCGCGAUGAAGGUCACCUCGGAUGGUGGCAGGGGCAAGAACGGCAAGUUUGUCAAACGCGACAGAAACAACGACCGCAAGAGCAACGGCGCGAAGAAGAAUGGCAAAUUCUGGGGCAACUGCUUUAGUUGUGACCAGGUCGGACACAUGAAGCGGGACUGCCCGAACAAGGUCACCAGUGCCAUGGCUGAUACUGCACUCGAUGUUGGCAAGGAUUGA